ACAGAGCGAGCGGGCCGGGCCAUGCGGACUCUGCCCUGCUGACUCGCACGUGUGGUCGCUUGAAUAUUUUGGCGCCUGCAUGCUGGCAUCGUCCUCACACACCGGCGUGCAGAAUGGCAUCGAACGAGAGACUGUACGAGGUCUGGAUGUUGUACUGCAACAAGAGGGACCCUGAUUAUCUGAAGCUGUGGCUGGAGAUUUUCAUCAGCUCGUAUGACCGCAGUCUGGAUGUGGACUUUGAGAAACAGCCGAUGAGGGUGGACGAGGUGCCCCCGGUCCUGUCUCUCCUCCCUGAUAACAUCCUGCAGGUGUUACGUGUUCAGCUGAUGCAGUGCGUUCAGAAAGCUUCAGUCGGACUCGAGCAGGAACAACAACACCUCGCUCUACUGCUGCUCAAGUUCCUCAUCAUCAUCUGCAGGAAUCUGUCUAAUGUGGAAGAAAUCGGCACCUGCUCCUACAUCAAUCAAAUUAUCACCAUGACGACGCUCUACAUCCAGCAGCUGAAGAGUAAAACCAAAGAGAAGGAGCUGGUGGAUCAGACGCAGGCUGAGGAGUUUGUGCGACAUGCGCUGGCCUUCUGCGAGAGUCUGUACGAUCCGUACAACAACUGGAGACACCGCAUCCAUGGGCAGCAGAUCAGUACAGUGGAGAAGAGCCGACAGAAGUUUAAAGCGGCUCCUCUAACCGUAGAGUUUGUUCCUUUUUUCUACCAGUGUUUUCAGGAGAGUGAACAUCUGAAGGACAGUCUGAAAUGUUGUCUCCUCCACCUGUUUGGAUCCAUAGUUGCAGGUGGACAGCGUAACGCUCUCCUGGCCAUCUCCCCUGCCACUAUGGAGGUGUUGUUGGGUGUCCUGGGUGCUGGGGAGUGCACGGGGGAAGGCGAUGAGGGAGAGGAUUGGGACGGAGCCGCUCCGGACCGGAAGGCGGUGCUCACCCUGUGCUGUCUGAGGGAGGUGGUGCACAGCCUGCUGGCCAGCAGCUCGGAUCAGAGACAGGUGGAGAUCAGCACCGUCCUCGACAGCUACUUCAAACUGCUCAACUACGACCCCAACACGGCUGGGGUCAAGGGUCAGCCUCGUUCACACCACUGGGAGAGCCGGUUGGUGGCGCUGCAGGUGAACAUGCUAGACACGAUACAGGACAUGUUUGAGUGUUCUGACCGGCCCGUUCUUCAGGCCAUCUUCCUCAACAGCAACUGCUUUGAGCACCUGACUCGGCUCUUACAGAACAGCAAGCUGGUAAACGUUAGGUUCGCCGCCGCAGACAAAGAGCAGAAAGAUUUAACCAACAGAUUACUGACAGGAGAGAUUGAAAGCCAGGUCUUAGAAGGCAGGCUGGACUCUCUCGCCGUGGCAACGAUCAAAACCCUCACCACCGUGAUGCACAAAUCACCAGCCGCGAAGGAAGUGUUUAAGGAGCGGAUCGGAUACACCCACCUGUAUGAGGUGCUCGUCUCUCUGGGGCAGCCGUCCAGGAACCUGCUGAAGGAGCUCAUGAACAUGGCAGUGGAGGGUGAUCACUCCUCUGUGGGUUUUUUGGGGAUCAGUAACGUGGAGCCGCUCCUCCUCCUGAUCCGCUGGCUACCUGAACUCGACUCGACCGAGCUCCAGAUCUUCGCGGCUGAUCGGCUACGGAGGAUCUGCGCCUUAAACCGGCGCACACGGGCCGCCUGCGUCAACGCGCGCAUGUCGGAGUGCGUCCUCUCCACGCUCGAGAGAGACACCAGUCUCCCGCAGGUAUGUGCGGAGAGCCUUCUGACACUUCUGGGUGCUCUGGGGGCAGAGUCUCUGAGCGGUGCCGAGCUCCACCGGCUUCUGAGCCUCCUGCGGAACCCCGAGAACCGCCCUCAACCGUACACCGAGCCGGUGCUGCGCUCGCUGCUCGCCAUGCUCCGGAAACACACCCUCCACAGCGCGACACACUACUUCGAUCUGACCCCGCCCAUGGCAGGGAUUGACGUGCCGACCAUUUCCAGGUGGCCAGGCUCCGCCUUUAGCUUCUUGGCCUGGCUGUCGCUGGAUCAGGACCAGUUGGAAUCAGCCGGCAAGGGGGAUAAGAGGAAACAGUUAUACAGUUUUUUCACACCGGGAGGUACUGGGUUCGAAGCCUUCAUAAGCUCAUCUGGCUCUCUUGUGGUGGCGGUGUGCAGCAAAAAGGAAUACGUCACGGUCACGCUGCCUGAUUACUGCUUCUGUGACUCACUCUGGCAUUAUAUCGGCGUGGUUCAUGUUCCAGGGAAGAGACCAUUUGGACAGAGUCUCGUCUCCAUUUAUGUGGACGGGCAGCAGAAAUUGUCAGCAGCACUCAAGUACCCCAACAUGGCCGAGGUGUUCACGUCAUGCUGCAUCGGCUCGGCAGGUCAGCGCACCACCACCCCUCCCCCGUCUCAGAUCGCCGACCCCCCUUCGUCCCGCACGUCCGUAUGGGGGGGCCUGUCCAGGCUGGCACUGAUCUCUCCGGGGACACAGGACAGCGAGUGGGGACGACCCACAUCACUUCAGGGGCACCUGAGCACUGUGAUGGUGUUUAGUGAUGCUCUGAGCACCAACGCUAUCAGAGCUCUGUACAACACAGGGCCAAACUGCAUUUCUCCCUUUAAAAGUCAGGAGGCGGAGCUCAGUGACCUCAGCGCCAAACUUCUCCUUCACUAUUCACCGAAGGCGUGUAGGAACCCCAUCUGUGUGGACCUGUCCCCUAAUCUACUGCACGGACGCCUGACUGGGAAUAAAGUGGUCAACUGGGACGUCAAGGACAUCAUUAACUGUAUCGGAGGACUUCCUGUGCUGUUCCCCAUUUUGGAGCAGUUGACCCUGUUGACCCCUGAACAGCACAACGGGUUUUCAGGGUCAGAGGGCGUGACUCCUGAGUCUGCCACGCCCCCUGAUGGAGACUGGGUCAUACUGCCUUCCAACAGAGCCUCAGAGGCGCGUUUGGAGAAGAAUCUUGCUGCCACCUUUCUGUUGGUGUUAAAGCACUUUCUGCACAGACACACGAUAAACCAGGAGACGCUGCUACACACACACAGCGUGGCCACCCUCGCUGCCCUGCUGCAGAAGCUGCCUGCUUUUCUGGUCGACGUGAGCCUUUUGGUCGCCGUUCAGCUGCUGAUCGAGCAGGUGACACAGGAGAAGAAUCCCCACCUUCUGCAACAGCUGCACACACACCUCCUGUUCAACUUCAACAUCUGGAACCAAGGGGACUUCUCCCUGCGCAUUGGUCACAUCCAGUACAUGUCCACCAUCGUCAAAGACAGCAGGAAGCAGUUCAGGAAGAAAUAUGGAGUGCAGUUCCUGCUCGACGCCAUCCGCCUUUACUACAGCGGGAAUCGCGAGAGCGACAUGAGCGAGGACGAUGUCCGGACCAUCAGAGCGUCCCUAUGUGGCCUGCUCAAGUAUUACAUCAGCAAAGGUGCCAGUCAGGACGAGAUCCAGAGCAUUCUGGGAUACAUUGCUGCUAUCGGGGAUGAAGAGCAGUUAUGUAGUAUUUUAGAGCUGCUGCUGAAUCUUCUCCAGUCGAGUGCGUCACGUGAUCAGCUCUUCCUGCUGUUGUUCGAGCCUGGAGCGGCCGAUUCCUGCUACGCCCUGCUGCUCAACCAUAAACACUCUGAUCGCCUCCGAGAGCUCAUUUUUAAGCUGUUCGAGCGCAUGCUGUGGUGUGACCGUGUGUACGAGAAGAGUAAGCAGCGGCUAAGACUGCGAGAAGUGGGCUACUCCGGCCUUACCCUGCUCUUUCCUGACCUUCACAUCACCCCCACCCUCGUCAAGUGCCUCCUCAAUCAGAUCCUCCACACAGAUUCUCUGGUGAACUAUAAGGAUCUGAUGGCUCUCGUGCAGCUGACGCAUCGGGCUGAUCUGAGCGUGCGCAUGCUCGUCUGCAAGAGGUUAUACUCCCUGGUGCAGUCUCAGUCAGACGCAGCACUUCAGAUAUCCCGUCAGCCAUGUUGGCAGGACACGCUAAUCCGUGCGUUGGUGCGGAGUUGCAGCGGUGACUCUGGGUCCGGGUCCGGAUCGGGACGAGGCGACUCGGCCAGCCUGGGGAGCAUCGGCUCGAACCGGGCUGAGCCUCCCGUCUCCAUAGAGAGUCUGGAGGAGAACGGAGAGGUGUUGUCUCUGUCUGAAACACCCAGCGAGAGCUCACAGGGCAGGGGGCUGAGUCUGGACCUAAACCAGGUCCAUGCGCUCGAGCAGGGUGACGGCGGCAGUCAGACUCCCUCACCACUGGACAGCGCCAAACCCUUCCCUGAACGAGAUGCCGCUUCCUCUAUGGGAGAUGACAGCUUCCUGUUCAGCGAUAACGUCUCACUGGGAGAGUCUUUUCACAGCAACGAGCGCACAGAGGAGGAGUUGGCGCGGAUGAUUGUAGAGAUAGUGCUGUGCAUCAUGUGGAAGGGCGUGUCCGGCUCAGACGACGCCGCGUGGCUGGAGAGGGGGCAGGUGUUCUCCGCUCUCACCAAACUGGCCACCGCUAACGAGCUCCUGCUUCCUGUUGAUCACGUCAAACUUGGUCUGUUGGAGCGGAUGCUGGAGUACACUGUGAGCGAUAACCGGGAGAGCACGGCAGCCAUGUUGCCGGAGCACACGGAAAACGCGGUGCGCCUGCUGCAUCUGGUGCAGGACUUCCUGCAGGCCGAGGGUCUGGUCAACCCGGCGCUGUGGAGCGAGCGGCUGCUGGAGGACACGGUCACGCUAAUGGACAGCCUCAUGGUGUGGUACACCGCCGGGACACAGUGGCUCCAGCUCUCACAGCUCGGCCUCAGGCUCUUACUCGGGUUCAUGGCCCAGCCCGACCCUCAGGUGUGCGCCAUGGCGACUGCGAAGCUGAACGGGAUCCUACAGAUGAAGACGGUCGAGUCCCAGGACGAGGCGUGCUUCCUGCUCGGCCGGGUUGAGUGCAUCCUUCAGCGCUCACUCUGCGAGCAGAAGGAGAUGGACGGGAGUCAGAGGGACGAGGCGGAAAGGAAGAGAAGGGAAGAGGAGACGUAUGCAUUCCUGGUCCCUCUGCUCCGAACGCUCCUCUCGAAAGUGCACAAGCUGCUGUAUAUGGAACUGCACCUUCCCUCGCUCCCCAACUGCAAUGGCAGCCCCUCCUUUUUUGAGGACUUCCAACUGUACUGCAGCUCACCCGAGUGGAGGGUGUACCUCGAUAAAUAUAUCAUCCCGUACAUGAAGCAGUACGAAAUCGAGACCUUCAGUCAGGGACACGAGAACAUGGCUCUCUACUGGAAGGAUUGUUACGAAGCGUUUAUGAUGAACCUGCAUCGCCGCGAAAGGGAAAGAGGCGAGAGCAAGAUCCGAUUUCAGGAUCUGUUCGUGGAGCCAUUCAGUCGGCGAGCACGUCAGGAGAACCUGAGGUACAACAGCAUGCUGAAGCAGAUGCACACGCAGAACAGCGCCAUCGUCAGGCAGUGGAAGGCGGCACGCCGAUCGCUCCUGAGCGACCGAGGACCCUGGGCUAACAGGCAGCAAAAGGAGACGCAAUGGAAGUUGUCGAGUGCAGAAAAUUACUCCCGGAUGCGUCUGAAACUUGUGAGGAACUAUAACUUCGACCCACACAGAGAAGCCAGCGCUCUGAGAGACAAUCUAGGUGUACAGCCUCAACAGGUGAACACCGAGUCCUUGUUGUUGGAGGCUGUGAAGCAGGUAAAGAUCAGCGACCUCGAGGAUGAGAUCCUGGAGCUGCCGGAGGAGGAUCCGACUGGGAACACGCAGGCGAAUGAUGAGGAGGCGGGGCAGAAGGAGAAGUUGGUGAUGAUGGAGGACUGUGAGCUGGUGACUGUGGUGGAUGUGUAUCCUGGUCGACUGGAGCUCACCAACCAGCACAUUUACUUCUAUGACGGCAGCACUGAGAAAGAGGAGGGGGUGGGUCAGGAUUUUAAAUGGCCGCUGUCUCAGAUAAGAGAGAUUCACUUGCGCAGGUACAACCUCCGCCGCUCGGCCCUCGAGAUCUUCCUCAUCGAUCAGACCAACUACUUCCUCAACUUCAACAAGGAGGUGCGUAAUAAAGUCUACACCCGGAUGCUGCUGCUCUGUUCUCUGUCUCUCCACGGCACCCGCUCGCCCCAGGAUCUCCUCAAGGCCUCAGGACUCACCCAGAAAUGGGUGAACAGGGAAAUCUCUAACUUUGACUACCUGAUGCAGCUCAACACCAUCGCAGGGAGAACAUACAACAAUCUGGCUCAGUAUCCUGUGUUCCCCUGGAUUCUCUCAGACUACACGUCAGAAGAGCUGGACCUGUCAGACCCGCGGGUUUUCCGUGACCUCUCCAAACCUGUCGCUGUGCUUAAUGAGAAAAACGCCAAAGCAGUGAAGGAGAAGUACGAGAGCUUUGAGGACCCCACGGGUACUAUAGACCGCUUCCACUACGGCACUCAUUAUUCGAACGCUGCAGGAGUGAUGCACUACCUCAUCAGAGUCGAGCCCUUCACCUCGCUUCACAUCCAGCUGCAGGGCGGCAGGUUCGACUGCGCAGACAGACAGUUUCACUCCAUCUCAGCCACGUGGCAGACGCUCAUAGACAACCCUAAUGAUGUUAAAGAGCUCAUCCCCGAGUUCUUCUACUUCCCAGAGUUCUUGGAGAACCAGAACGGCUUUGAUCUGGGUCGUCUGCAGCUCUCCAAAGAGCGCGUGAACGAUGUCGCUUUGCCGAAAUGGGCCAAAUCUCCAGAGGACUUUAUUUACAAGCAUCGCAAAGCCCUGGAAUCAGAGUAUGUCUCCGCCCACCUUCAUGAGUGGAUCGACCUGAUAUUUGGUUAUAAACAGAGAGGCCCAGAUGCAGUCGAGGCCCUGAACGUCUUCUACUACUGCACGUAUGAAGGCGCAGUAGAUCUGGACUCCAUCACCGACGAGAAGGAGCGGAAAGCUCUAGAGGGGAUGAUCAGCAACUUCGGACAGACACCGUGCCAGCUGCUAAAGGAGCCUCAUCCUGUCCGUCUCUCUCUGGAGGAACUGGAGAAGAGGAAAUCCCGGCUCGAGACGUGUCCGCUUAAUAUCUUCGAACAUCUCACUGACCUCAAGUCGUUCUUCGUCGAGGGGAUCAGUGAUAACGCCGCCCUGGUGAAAGCAGUUGUCCCGAAGAACCAGUCUCACUCGUUCAUCUCUCAGGGCAGCCCGGAUACACUGGUGACCGUGAGUAACAACUGCUUGAUCGGCACUCACGGCUGGCUCAAUUACGACAAAAACAUCUCCAACUACUUCACCUUCAUCAAAGACCCGACCGUGGCCAAUCAGAAGACCCAGAGGUUCGUGGCGGGACCGUUCUCUCCAGAUGUGGACGUCUCGACCAAGCUGUUCGUGGUGUCGCAUGACGGGAAGCUUCUGUUCAGUGGAGGACACUGGGACAAUAGUCUCCGGGUCACGUCUCUGCUGAGGGGGAGGACGAUAUCGCAGCACGUCCGCCAUAUGGAUGUGAUAACCUGCUUGGCCACUGAUCACUGUGGGCUCCACCUGAUCUCCGGCUCCAGAGACACCACAUGCAUGGUGUGGCAGGUGCUACAGCAGGGUGGAGCUCCAGUGGGUCUGAGCCCUAAACCGGUGCAGGUGCUGUACGGACACACAGAGGAGGUAGUGAGUGUGUGUAUCAGCUCGGAGUUGGACAUGGCUGUCUCUGGAGCACGGGACGGCACAGUGAUUAUCCACACCGUGAGGAGAGGACAGUACCUGCAUUCGUUGCGUCCCCCAUGUGAGAGCACUCUACCUGUGUGUAUCACACACCUGGCCGUGUCCUGGGAGGGUCAUGUGGUGGUACACACCUGUGUGGAGGGCAAGGCCACGCUGAAGGAUAAAAACACGCUGCAUCUCUACUCAGUGAAUGGGAAACACCUGUGUAGCGAGUCUCUGAACGAGCAGGUGACGGACAUGUGUGUGUCGGGAGAGUACGUCAUCACCGGCAGCGAGCAGGGCUUCCUCUCCAUCAGAGACCUCUACAGCCUGGCACUGCGUGUGUGUCCCGUGGCCAUGCGUGUGCCGAUCCGGUGUGUGUCCGUGCCGAAGGAGCAGUCUCAUGUGUUACUGGGGCUGCAGGACGGAAAACUGAUCGUGGUGGGGGUGGGCAAACCAGCUGAGACACGAUCAGGACAGAUCACACGAAAACUCUGGGGCUCCAGCAAACGCAUGAAUCAGAUUUCAUCCGGCGAGACCGAGUACCCCACCCAGGAGCAGAUCUGACUCCGCCCACCGCCUCGGCAUUCACCAAUCGGACCGAGGGAGGAAGUGUAGUGUGUAUCGGUGUAUCCGGUGUGUUUGACGUUUAGAGACGAGCGUGAUGGACUGGCGCGGGCGCUGACGUCCAGCUGAGUGUGUCGGAUCUGAUUUCUUCCCCGAUUUCAUCACACACACACACACACAUAUAAAUAUAAAAAAAUAUUUAUUGCCACUACUGUGUGUGUGUGUGUGUGUGUGUGUGUUAAAAUAUUAGUUUUUUUUUUUCAGUGGCCUUCUUGUAUCUUUUUGCCUUUUAUUUCUUCUCACACUCACACACAUAAUCAUAUGCACCCAUAGGAAGGCUGAUCACUGUGUAUAAGUGUGUGUGUGUGUGUGUGUGUGUGUGUGUGUGUGUGUGUGUGUGUGUGUGUGUGUGUGUGUGAAUGUGUUUAAUUUCUUACUUGAAUUCUCGAUUAUUUAUUUAAAUGAAGGUGAAUCAGAGCCUUUGAACUCUACACUACAGUGAUGAAGGGCUUCAGUAGUCAUGACUCUAAGCAGUAAAGCAAUACACACACACACACACACACACUCACACACACUCACACACACCUACACAAGACUGCUAAUGGUACAUUCCACUCUGUAAAGCAGAGUCUUCCCGUGAUACAGCCUGAGAAACUGCCACGUACACGCUCUCUCCGCCCCAGUGGAGGUGCCGUCCCCGUCCCCGUCCCCGUCCCUGUCGUCCUCUUGACCUCCCAGUCUUUAUUGCGCCAUGCACUCGGCGUUUGUUUACUAUGCAGCGUAGCGUGUCCUUCCACACGUCUCAGUUACUGGACUGCUUUUCAGUCGUGUAUACAGUACGCAUGCUCGUGUUUGUGUGAUUUGUAGGAUUCGUGAUUUCCCUCUCCUGAGCUAAAGGACUGAUCUAAUGACACACCGGCGGCGCUAAGACGUAGAGACACACCGAUUCCUUGUCUGUCCUUCACUCAAACUUACAUUUAAAACUUUUCUUCCCAGAUAAACAUUCCAGAUCGCUUUCGCCGUUUCUACAGCAAAUUCUCGAAUCUGAUUGGUCGGAAGAAACAACACAAUACAGUGAAUUAUUGUUUCUAUGGUAACGAUUCUCGGGUAUUUAACCCAUGGAAGUCUUGUUUUUUAAGAUGAUGUUUAUUCAAAAGACUUACGGAAGGAGUCUCCAGUGCCAGUGCUUUGUAACCGCACAGUUUUACUCAGUGAAGAGAAAGAUUAAUAAGAUGAUGAUGAUGAUGAUGAUGAAUGAACUAGGACUAAUUUUAAUCGUUGACUUCAAUCAAACAAUUAUUUCAAAGUCUAGCAAAAAUGUAAUUAAAUGAUGUUUUUUGAUAAGAUUUGGAUUGACAGCGUACAGUUAUAUUACAAAUCCACACACUAGUCACAGCACACAUUUCAUAAGAUAGUAUCACACACACACACACACACAUCAUAGUGUUUCUCCAAUACCAGCCGUCAUCACUGUCACUCACAGAGACUGCAGAGUACAAGUUAUAAUUAAAGUUUUUUGUAGGAUUUAUUAUAUCAUUGUUCAUUCUUUUUAACAUCAUAGAGUUUGUUUUUUAAUUAAAAAAAAAACGGUUCUUGCUCAAGUACAAAAAAAAAGUUAAAGGUGCUCACUCGCAAACCUUUUUUUUUUAUGUCACAAAUCCAAAUAACAUUCAACACACUUCACCUCAGUGAGAUACGCUUAUAUAUUUUAAAGAUUUUUUUCCUCUCUUUUGUAACACUUUCAUACAUUAAUUCCUGAAACAAUAAAAACGUAUUUAAGAUCUUUUUUUUUAUUAUUAUAAUGGAUUGUCCAUGUACACAUAUACAAAGAUAAAUGAAUGAAUGAAAAAAUAAAUAA